AUGGGGAAAUCUUCACGGGACAAACGCGAUAUAUUCUAUCGAUUAGCGAAAGUGGAGGGUUGGAGAGCUAGAAGUGCUUAUAAGCUCCUACAAAUUGAUGAUGAGUUCAAUAUUCUUGCAAAAGACCACAAUGGGAAUCCUCUCACGCGCGUUGUGGAUCUCUGUGCGGCGCCCGGUAGCUGGUCCCAAGUUCUGUCCAAGAAGUUGUGGGAACCCCUCUCAGAGGUCGAUCGUCGGGAAGUAAAAAUCGUUGCCGUUGAUCUACAAGCCAUGGCGCCUAUUCCUGGAGUCACUCAGCUCCAAGGUGACAUCACCAGCCGCGAAACUGCUGACCGUGUCAUUCAACAAUUUGAGGGAAAGAAGGCACAACUCGUGGUUUGUGACGUUACUGGGCUCCAUGACCUGGAUGAAUACGUCCAGUCGCAUCUAGUGCUUGCUGCUUUGACCAUCUGCGCACGCAUCCUCGAGAACGGGGGCACUUUCGUGGCCAAAGUUUUCCGUGGUCGCGAAGCUGGUCUUUUGGGCGCCCAGUUGCGUUGUCUCUUCGUCGGUGAGGUGGUCUUUGCCAAACCCAGUUCCAGUCGAAACUCCAGCCUCGAGUCUUUCGUGGUCUGUCGCAAAUUUCGCGGCGACACAGUUCUUCCUCCCUCCCUGACUAGUACCACCGCACCGGAUCACAAAUCCAGUGAUAACUCAGUGGAUUCUCUUGUGGGCUGGCUGAGUGAAUUAGACCAACUCACUCCUGAACAGCGUAUCGUUCUCCCCUUUGUGGCUUGUGGUGAUCUCUCCGGUUACGAUGCGGACUCGUGCUACGAGCUGGGCGACGACUAUACACCACUUGAUCCCGUCCAGCCUCCGCUGUCGGCCGCCUAUUUAGACGUCUGUCGAAAGACCCGCUCUGCCGCUGCUCCUCCUGGUGCUGGCAAUGUGAAGCCAGAAGAUGACAGGGCGUUAGAUCAGAUUCUCUCUCUGCAAUUGGAAGAGACCCAACUCAUGCGCACUGAAGAUCCUAAAUACUUGCAACAGCGUUUUGAGCUAGUCGCCUCAUCUGCAUUGCUUCUGUUGGGGCAUGAGAUGAAGCAUUUACCUCAAACCGACUCACGUCCCCUUUUUAUUACGCAGGAAACCGAAGAGAAGACUACUUGCAAAAGGGAGGUGGAGAGGGCAGAGCUAGAGGCACUGCAGCCGUCGCCUCGAGAGCGUCGAUUGUUCCACGGAAUUGCACUUUUCUACCUCGUUAUCGCAGCGGUGCUCGGUCUGCCGCUCUGGUGGCUCACCACCUCGCCUGAACAGUUCGCCCUUCCUGCCCAGCGCAUCGAGGCCUUCGCAAGACAAGCCAUCACCAUUGGCGUGGAUGUAGUUGUCCUAAGCCUGGACCCAAAGAUAUCGGUGGAGGAACUGGAGAGUUUGAAGCAAUCGCUUUAUUUUAAUGCUGCUGACGCCCAACGUAGUCUGGACGCGCAGCACCAGAGUAUGAUGGGCUUCAGCAGUGACAACGAGAGUGCGACCCGGCGUUACGCUUCUCUGCCUGUGCGCGUGGACUACCGCUUCUACGUCACCACCAUCGCAGUACCCUCUGAUGUCACACCACAUCUAGUACAUGGCGUCUCCGCUGAGCUGGAUCGCGCUUUGCUAAACUCUGGUCUCCUCAUCUCCCUGGGCGCUGGUAACUCAUCCGCUGCCAAACACAACGUCGAGAACGCCUACUACUUUAUAAUUUUGCCCGCGGAUUCGCGCGGCUUUGAGGUAGAUGGUGGACGUAGGGUCGAUGAUGCGCUCGCUGCGGUUGUUCGCGCCUCCCUCGACAGGAACCUCAUAUACCUUCGCUCACCCGGUGUCAACGGGGUGCGCCACAACCUCGCCUCUGUCGUUCUCGCUCUUCUUCAGGAACACUUGGUCACGCCCUCCACUCUACAGGCGAUAUACGCAUCGGUGUGGUGGAAGGGCAGCGACGUGGGUCCCAUGCAGGCAGUGGAGAGGGCCGGUGGACAAGUGAGUACCGAUUACGGGGCGGCGAGGGCUGAGGUGGCACGUGUGCGCACCCAUCAGUUGCCUGCGACGCCCGGCUACGAGGUAACCGUGAGUCUAGUGGGCGCCUUCGAUGCCACUCCGCCCUGUCUACCCCCUACCGACGAUUGGCUGUGGAGUGUUUGCGGUUCUCCUUCCCAUGGCCUCAGCCUUGGUGAUUGGCUACGUCGCUCCGUCGAGCCUGGGCUGGCCGAUCUUAGGCGGUUUAUCAACCUGAAGCUCUACUCGCAGUACCUCUACUCUGUGACUCUGGAUGGACUCGCUUGGAGCCGGCUGUCGAAAGAUCGGAAACACAGAUACUACACCGCCUCCCAGCUCUCCAGCGUGCUCAACUCUCUUGAGGCCUACCUGGGCCAGCACGCCUCGCAGCGCGGCCAGCCAGACACCCGAGUGGAGGGCGGUCGCACUAGCGGCACGCACGGUGGCCUCCACCUCGUUGUUGUCGUAGACACGCCGCGACGCGAGUUCAACAUCUCCGCUCGUCGUCCUUUGCGUUUCCACCUCUCCGCCUCCAACUCCGACGCUGCCGCCUCCAGCAUCGCCCUUGUACCCCAGUGGGGUGCCUUCAUCUCUCUCGAUGACGUUAACGUCAGCCUUUCUAACCUUGGUCCGGUUGUGGUCAACAUUGUACGCUCUUUUGUUGGUCUCUCCGUCCAGGGUCGAACCACCGUCACGUUGAGAGGGAGUGGGCAACGCGUUCUGCUAGAGAGCAGUUCGGUGGGUGGGAAGAUCAUCAAGUGGGAGCUUGAUUCGUGGUUGCGUCGGCGGACGAUUGAGAGUCUUUCGACUGCCGCAUUGACGCUGACCUCGCUGGUAAGCACGGCGGAGCGUGUGCCGACGAUGGUGCUCAAUGCCUAUGUGGCGGGACGCGUGGAGCACGCGGUGGCGGCAUGGGCGGAGGCGGUGGGAAAGUUAGCGAGUCCACCAUCCACGAAUUCGGCUAACGCUGGCUCCACGGCCUUUGUGGCUGCGCGAGUCGCUCUGGAAGACGCCGACGCAGGCUUCUUCGAUCACAGUCUCCUCGACUUGCUCUACUUUCCCGGGUCAAUAAAAAGUGAAAUGUUUGAUGACAGUGAGUCAAAUAUCAAGGCCGACUUUUUUGAUGGCAAAAUUGAGGAACUUCCUGCAGAUAACUCUGACAUAUUCUUUGGUUCCGAGUCCUCGGAAUUUUUCCCCGGAAGUGACCCAUAUGGCGAUCUUUUUCUCAUGGAUCCUAAUGAUCUUUUGGGUGUUCGUGAGGAAGUUGUUGGUAGUGAACCUUCAAAGAGCUCAGAAGAAAUUCCGGUGCCCGGAAUGCCUUCCAUAAGUGAAACUACUCUCCCUCCUCGUCGAGGUUUUAGACGCAGGAGAAUGAAACAGAAGCAGCUAUGUAAAGUGGCUCAGAGUACGGAAGACAGGGACAGUUCUGAUCUAGAGGAUUUCUCCAUCCCCAUAACUCCCAAUCAACAAUCUCUUGAACCUGAACCCUUUCCUUUACAAAGGCGUGUUCAUUAUCAAAUGCGCUCUCCGAUUUCUGUCGAUACUGGCGUCCGCUCCAAAUUCGUCAAAUUCAAUUCGGCUGUUACAUCAGGUAGCGGUUUAAGUGUAGUGCAGAAUGGCGUCGUUGCCACUCAUCGGAUUUUGGCAUUCAAGCGCAAGGCAGAUUGUGGGCGUCAGCUUCUCCCUCGUGGCCAGAGCCAACCUGUGGGUUCGAACUCCAAUUUCGUUGCAAUGACUGUUGCGACGCUGAAGAGACGAGGUGCCGCAGGUCUGUUCGGCUCUUCACUUUCCGAGUACAGUGAUGUGUCCUUCCCCAGCUCAAGUCAUCAUAGCUCGCAGGCCUCCCAACAGGGUCGGACAGUGGCUUGUCCUCACAAAAACUGUGGAAAACUGUUCCGCGACAACUCCGCAAUGCGGAAACACCUUCACACUCACGGUCCAAGAGUACACGUCUGUGCGGAGUGUGGUAAGGCUUUCGUGGAAUCCAGUAAGCUCAAGCGACAUCAGCUGGUGCACACGGGGGAAAAGCCUUUCCAGUGCGCCUUCGAGGGUUGUGGAAAGCGGUUUUCGCUAGACUUCAAUCUGCGGACACAUUACCGGAUUCAUACUGGAGAUCGCCCCUACCUCUGUCCCGUUGAGGGAUGUAGUAAGCGUUUCGCUCAAUCCACCAAUCUCAAAUCACACCUCUCAACCCACACCAAAGUCCGCUUCCGGGGUCGAACGUGUGCACCUCAGUCCACUUCAUCCGCAUCUACCUACCUGUCAGCCUCUAAUAAUGGCUACGACUCUGACUAUGCGGCCUUCCCUCCAAUUCAACACUCUCCACAUCAAAACCAACAGCACCAUCGUUCACUUAUGUUGUCUUCAUCUACCAAUUCCUCAAUUCGCCUUCUUCCAGACGGUGGAGUUAUUGCCCCUAGGCACCCUCAUGCAUCUUCUCCUUUCGCAGUUGGCGCAACAGCAAAUUUGGAAGAUGAGAACGGGGGGCAUUCUACGGGUCUCAUGGUCGAUGAGCCGCCCUCUUCCUCGUCAUCUCCGACCCGAGGUCGUGUCCACACUACCGGCCUCAGAUCCGGCGGUGGCGGUAGCAGCGCCGGUGGUAAAAUCAAGAAAAAGGAACUUAUAACAUUCCAUAUUGGUCAGUGCGGUGUGCAGAGUGGACUGCAUUUUUGGGAGCAGCUCAUCUACGAACAUGAAAUAGGCCCAGAUGGUUAUUCUCAAGUAAAAUACAUGAAUUCUGAGGAGGUGCUUGAGCCAUUUGGCUUCUUUAAUGUGAUGAGAGAUGAUCGCUAUGUGCCGCGAACUAUUUUUGUCGAUACGGAUCCAACAACCAUUGAGGAAGCAAAAUAUGCCUUACUUAGAAGUCUCUUCAACCCGCGUUGCUUUUUCAACGGAAAGGAGGAAGCGGCCAGCAACUUCGCUCGAGGACGUUUCAUUCUUGGCGCUGAUCUAAUUGAGCCUAUCAUUGACCGCAUUCGACAGGAGGUUGAGGCCACUGAUAACUGUCAGGGCUUCAUUGUUAACCAUAGUAUCGGUGGUGGCACUGGGUCUGGUCUCACAGUCCGCAUCAUGGAACACCUCACUAACGAAUACUGCAAAGCUAUUAGUAUUCAGUUCCCAAUAUUUCCGUCAGAAUACCUAUCGACCACAGUGGUCGACCCUUACAAUGCCGUCCUGCAUUGCGGUUUCAAUGUCCCCAACAGCAAUAUGACGGUUAUGAUGGAUAACUCAGCGAUAAUGGGCCUUCUCUCCCGUCACCUUCAAAUCGAGAAACCUACGGUCGUCUUCCUAAAUCGUCUUAUUGCUCAAAUCCAGAGCAACUUCUUUUGUGGCUUUCACUACAAUGGCGACCCGAUCUGUAGCACAAUGGAGGAGGUGAUCACCAACCUAAUUCCCUUCCCUGAGCUCCACUACGUCUACGUCCGCCAUGCUCCGAUUGUGGCUGCACGUCGUCAUGAUUACCAAACCCACAAUAACCCUCCUGAAGACAUCGUAAAAGCUGCCCUCAAGCCUCAGUUCAACACAUUAUCCGCAGACAAGUACACACGAAGCAAAAUAAUCACUACGGUUCUCUCUUUCCGCGGUGUAGCUGCCGGAUGGCAACGUACUCUGGCUUCCACCAUCCUGCAGUCAAAGAUGAACCAAUCAAUGAACAUCGUAGAUUGGUGUCCCACUGGUGUAAAAGUUGCCGUGCAUGCUGUGCCUCCCCUAAAACCCGUGCCCGAGUCCUGCAUAACUGAGAGUCCGACCAACCUGACCAUGAUCAUCAAUGGGACGGUGACCACUCAGCGCGCGUUACAGACAAUUAACGCACAGUUUAACAGACUAUACGAACGACGUUGCUUCGUGCACUGGUUCGUAGGCGAGGGCAUGGAGGAGGGUGAAUUUACAGAGGCCUCGGGCGCUGUUCGUAAAGUCAUCGAGCAAUACAAGAAUGCGGAGAUGGUCGAAGAGAGGGAAUAUAGCAAGGAAUCGGGACGCAUGCUGCUGUUUUGA